AUGGCGAUGACAUUCUCCACCCCGCUUCAUGGAGUGACUUCACAGCGAAGUGCACAGUUUGCCGACUUUCUACGGGCCAAAGGCACGUUGCCCUCGCGCCUCCCAACUCGGAUAUGUCAAUCCCGAAGUGCAUCGGAAUUGUUUGCAGAACCGCGGAUGUCUUUGCUGUCGCAGCAAGUUCCAGACAGAGCAAACACCAUAUUGCCGUCUUGGACAGACCGGAAGCUGCAGACGUGUCUGCCUCAGCUUAAAGCUACCAGAUGGCCCCACCCUUAA